AUGAGCUCCGAACCUCGCCAAGCCACCGGAGGGCACACCAAAUCCAAACGGCGAUGGACCGAUCCCGAUGAAGAAGGCAGGGCCAAUAUGCCGGACGAUCUCGCUCAGCCCAAGCGACAGCGGGUGUCAAGAGCCUGCGAUAGCUGCCGCUCGAAGAAAGACAAGUGCGAUGGGGUACAACCGGUGUGUUCCACAUGCGCAUCGCUAUGUCGGCCCUGCACCUACAAGGCCAACCCGAAGAAGCGCGGCCUGCCGACGGGCUACAUUCGAUCGUUGGAGCUGCUGUGGGGGCUGGUCUUCCAGAAAAUUCAAGGCAGUGAAGAUGUGAUGCGGGCAUUGAUGCGAUCCAUCAAUCUGCCCAGCCAUCUCGCCACGAUGGGCAAAGAGGCCGAAGGGUCGGAUACACUCCUGUCGUCGUUCAAGAAUAGUACUGUCCUAAGAGACAUUGAGCGGAUGCUAGUCGUCCUGGAACAACCGGAAGAGGAAAGAGAGCGCAGUCUCCAGGCCUACGGGGAUGGAGACACUCCGCUGGACAUGGAUGGAAUCCUCGCAUCCACCGAGGCCCAGGAGUGGCAAAUACCAGAGGGAUUGGAGCAUCGCGAGACCCCGCUAGGCGUGUCACCGUCCCGAGUAUCAAUGAUCAGUUCGGCCACGAGGCCCUCUGGCUAUCGCACCCGAGACUCCGCUGCUCAAACCAUGCCCGACGAAAUGCAAUCGCCCUCGCUCACCAUUACUCUUAAUCCCGACGACCCGCGAAUAAUUUCGACCAGUCCUCCCCUACAACUCCCUUACAACGCCUGGCCCCUCCUCGACAUCUAUUUCUCAUACACGCAAUGUUGGUUUCCCAUAUUGGAGAAACAUGACAUCCUCCGGACGGCUUUUCAGUACACCGAAGGUGAUGUGUAUAUGACUCGCUCAGCGCCUGGGUCUGGUGAUCAUGCUGCCUUAUGGGCCGUCCUCACUCUCGCUUCCCUUCAGGAUGCAUCCAUCAACCCUCACCAACCAGGCGAUGACCAGUCUGCUUCCCGAGCCAAUCCUUUGCGAUUGUAUAAUACCGCAAGGGAGCUCAUCCCGUCCGAAAUUGGCCCCUACGAAGUAGGCCACGUCCAGGCUCUGCUGAUAUUAUCCUUGAUCAAAUUUGGCCAGCAAGAGUGGACUGCCGCUUGGAUGCUGGUUGGACAUGCGGUACGAAUUGCACAGACGUUGGGUUUAGACCAACCGGCCUUUGCGCCACCUGCCCGAUCUCCCGAGCAAGGCAAACAGCUGGGACGAGCCAAGCACGUCUUCUUGGGAUGCUUUGUUCUCGAGACUUUAAUUGCAGAACACACAUCACAGUGUCCCUCUUUGCGUAAAGACGAUUUGGCUCGAGUUGGUGCCAUCAAUGAAGAUGGGCUCGAAGAAUGGCAUCCUUGGGAAGAUCAGACCGGCCUCCGACCUACACAGUCUUCUCGAGCCUCCAUGCAGCGCGGGCCUCUCCAUGCACUAAGCACAUUCAAUCGGCUUGUCUCUUUGGUUUCCAUUCUCAAUGACCUCUGCUACUACAAGCAAGACCCCACUAUUUCACGCUCUCAGUUUGAGUCACUGGAACUUCAAUUACAUCGUUGGGCAUCGAACCUUCCCAAGAGCUAUCGAGUCGAUCUGCAGAGCCGCCCAGUGAAGCUGGCAUCACCACACAUCUUCGGAUUAGAGAUGACCUAUCAGAGCAUUGCUACCUCUCUGAGCCUGCAGAUCGCCUCUCGUGAAAGCGACCAAAAUAUUCCCGAGAUGCCUCAUAAGGCAAAGGCCAUUGAGAGCUCGAAGCGACUUCUGCAUUUGCUACAGGUAUACAUGGAAACAUACAGCUUCUCCGCAACGGUACCGACGUUUGGCAUGAUCCUUCGAUACUGUCUCCCGCGGUCUAUGUCUCGAGAUCCCGUAUCCGAUCUAGAAUUGGGAUUACGGAAUAAGAUCCAGUCGUUCUCCAUGCACUUAUCUCAACUUUGGCUCACGAUCGAUCGACCCGAUCCAGAUCAACACUCGAUGCAAAGGAUCCAUGGCAUGAUUCUUUCCCCCGUCAUCAUCCCAGCAACCGGAUAG